ACGCACUGCUGCAACCAUCGUAAUUCAUGCAUCAUGGUAUCAUGAUCAAGGCACCCUGAGCGCUCUACAUCACCGCGCACUCACAGUCCUUGAUACUUACCGUUAACGGCCACAGCCGUGUUACAACAGCAACACUGUCACGGUUGUAAGUGCACACCAUAGUACUUAUUGACAACCGCUUGCUGCAGACUUCCAUUUACCUGUUGUGCCACUCAAAAAUGUCAGUCUCAGACACCUUCGGUUUGCAGUUAGCCAAGUACACUAACGUCGCUGCAUCAGCAAUCCUAAUCUAUGACUACUUUGUCACCUUACACUCUGAAGUCCAGUGGGCCUGGGGACGGAAGUGGGGGAUCAUUCGGAUUGCCUUCACGAUUUCACGAUAUGUACCUUUUGCUGGUGCACUUAUGACCUCGUACUCCGCUGUCAAGACAUGGGGCACGCAAGAUUGCGCACCUUUUAACGAUGCUGUAAAUGGCUUACAUUUCUUGGGCAUCAUUGCCUCGGAAGGUUUAUUGAUUUCCAGGGUCUACGCCUUCUCUGGCAAAAAAAAAGCUUAUCUUAUCAUUCUUCUUUCCUUUGGUUUGGUGAUCCUGGUGACGUGUGUGAUUCUAAGUGCCGCUCUCAUCAAUUGGAACAUCCCAGAACCAGUCACCCCACCUUGUGUGUUGGAGGGGGCUCGUAGUAGUGCCUUCCCAUAUGUACUCUUGAUGUUCUUCGAAAUAGUUCUCAUGUCCACUACUGCGAUUCUGAGAUAUCGACACUAUCUGGGUUCUCAUAGUGUGUUGGUGAAAAAUAUUUAUCGUGAUGGACUACUCUACAUGUUCGGCAUCACGAUGAUAUCUACAGCCAAUGUGAUCGUUAUCCUUGUGUUACCUCUCUCGUACAGCGAGAUGUUAAACACACCUCAGAUUGUUGCGCACAGUGUUCUUGCUUCUCGAAUACUAUUCAAUCUUCAAGUAAGCAGGGAGCAACCGCUCUUGCUCACCCACCGAUCGACUAAUGCAAUGGACUUGCUAUCCCGUCCACAUGAAUUCCAAGCGCGGCCUAGAGAUAGUGAGACAGCUUGUGAGUCAGAUGAAGCUUAGACCUGCUGACAGUUCUCUUGCAUUUUCCGCGUCCUUCGUAUUUUAGUGAUGAGCUACUCUACCCAGGCGUAUGCGUUCUUUGUGCUAACAAACACAUCGAUGCACAAGUCUUUUGACAAUACAAAUAUCC